AUGUCCUCUAAAAAGAAGGCACCGCAAACGAAAAUCAAGAAGGGAAAGAUUUUGGUGCCGAAAUGGAAGCUAUUUCGUGCGAAGGAGCCCAUGUUGUCGGUUUUUAUGUGGGGGAUUAAUCAUUCGAUCGGUGAGCUGAUGCACGUGCCUCCACCAACAUUGCUUAUGCCGGAUGAUUUCAAGGCUUACGCAAAGAUCAAGGUUGAUAAUCAUGCCUUCAAUAAAGACAAUAUGCCCUCACACUUCAAGGUGAAAGAAUAUUGCCCAAAUGUUUUCCGUCAUCUUCGAGAGCAAUUUUGUGUGGAUCAAUAUGAUUAUCUUCGCUCGCUUACCUCAAUUGAACCGGAUCCUGAUCCUGAUCAAGUUGACCGGGCCGGUGGCAGCUCCCGCUUCUUUGUUUCUUACGAUAAGAAAUUCGUUAUCAAGUCAAUGGAUUCAGAAGCAGUUGCAGAACUGCAUUCGGUGAUGAAAGAAUAUCACGAGUAUGUUGUGGAAAAACAUGGAAAGACUUUGCUACCACAGUAUCUUGGGUUGUAUCGACUGACUGUUGAUGGCAAUGAAACGUAUCUUAUUGUGAUGCGAAAUGUGUUCGGCCGCAAAUACAAUGUACAUCGAAAAUACGACUUAAAAGGCUCUACGAUUUCGCGGGCAGCUUCAGAAAAAGAGAAGGCAAAGGAACUACCCACAUUGAAAGAUAACGACUUCUUGGAAUCAAAUGUAAAAUUGCGUGUUCCUGAGGAAGUACGCCAUCAGCUUCUUUCUAUGCUGGAAGCAGAUACGGCCUGGUUGGCUAAGCAACAUUUGAUGGAUUAUUCACUUUUAUUAGGUAUUCAUGACGUAGAACGCGCAGUGGCUGAAAAUGCUGUUCGUCCAGUAGAACACAGCGAAGAAAGUGGUGAUGAGUUAGCCCCCACUCCACCGGAUUCACCGAUUCCUUCUACUGGUGCUUUUCCUUCACAAGAAGGUGGUCCCGAUCUGGAUGAUGAAUAUUAUGCAAUCGCAUCGUCCGCUGCAAGUAACGAAAGACUCAUCUACUUCAUUGGCCUUGUCGACAUUCUAACAUAUUAUGGUGUCAAGAAGAGAACUGCUACGGCUGCUAAAACUGUCAAAUAUGGAAGCGAUGCUGAAAACAUCAGCACUGUAAAACCCGACCAGUAUGCUCGACGAUUGGUAGAGUUCGUUUCGAAAGCGCUUCUGUCUCAAACA